AUGUCUCUGCCUGCUUACCGACACCUCUGGCGCGCGGCGCGAAUCGCAUUCAAGGGAGAUGACCGAGUCCUCACAGCAGCGCAGCAGCAGAUACGGCAAGGUUUCAGAGAUCAAGCAACACUCAAGCCGACAGACCCUUCCUACAGCUCCGCCAUCCAGAAAGCUGAAGAUAUUGCUAAGAUCCUGAGAGAAAAUGUAGUUCAGGGGAAGCAGGAUGAUUCUCGUGUCUUUAAGUUGCGCAUUCACGAGGACACCGAACGUGGAGACAACGACUCUAUUAAGACGGCCGGUGGCGGGUCAGCAACAAUGGGCGGGUGUGGUUGCAGUUGA